AGCAGUGGUUUAUUAGCCUGCUAGCUGCGGUCCCGUCCCCGGAGACAAAUCUGGCGGCCCUUCGGCUAGAGGCGGAGGAGAAGGAGCUGGGUACCAUGGCCUGGGUGCUGAAGAUGGACGAUGCCACCAUCGAGUCAGGGCUGGUACACGACUUUGAUGCCAGUCUGUCAGGCAUCGGGCAGGAGCUGGGGGCUGGCGCAUACAGUAUGAGUGAUGUGCUGGCCCUGCCCAUCUUUAAACAGGAAGACUCCAGUCUUCCUUCAGACAGUGAGAGCAGCGGUCUGAACCCUCCCUUCCAGUAUGUUCUCUGUGCUGCCACCUCCCCUGCUGUCAAACUACACGACGAGACGCUCACCUACCUAAACCAAGGCCAGUCUUAUGAGAUCCGUAUGCUGGACAACAGGAAGCUGGAGUUAUCAGAGAUAAACAACAGGAGUGUGAAGAGCAUCGUUAGGGUGGUGUUCCAUGACAGGAGACUCCAGUACACAGAGCAUCGGCAGCUGGAGGGGUGGAAGUGGAAUCGCCCUGGAGACCGUCUCCUAGACAUCGACAUCCCCUUGUCAGUGGGUAUCAUGGAGCCCAAGGCCAACCCCUCCCAGCUCAACGCUGCCGAGUUCCUCUGGGACCUCAGCAGGAGAGCCUCUGUGUUUGUGCAGGUUCACUGCAUCAGUACAGAGUUCACCCCUAGGAAGCAUGGAGGAGAGAAGGGAGUUCCCUUCAGGAUCCAGCUGGACACUUUCAGACAGGGAGACGACGGCGAGUACACCGAACACCUCCACUCUGCUUCCUGUCAAAUCAAAGUCUUCAAGCCAAAGGGGGCAGACAGGAAACAGAAGACGGACAGAGAGAAGAUGGAGAAACGAACGUCUCAAGAGAAGGAGAAGUACCAAUCCUCCUACAACACCACCAUCCUAUCAGAGAUGAGGCUGGAGCCCAUCAUAGAGGAAGCGGGAGACAAUGAGCUGAAGAAGUCCAGCAAGAGGACGCUGCCGGCUGACUGUGGGGACUCGCUGGCCAAGAGAGGCAGUUGUUCUCCGUGGCCUGAUGCUUACGUCGGCUCUCCCCGGACGGCUGGUCCCUCCUUCACCUCCACACCCCUCUCCACGUACACUGCCUCCUCCGUACCCGACAGUGGCUCAUCGUCGCCCAAUCACCAGGCAGACCCUGUCAGCCAAGUCGUCACAGAGCAACUCAGUCCUACAGCCACCAUCCCGGAGACUCAGAAGUGGCUUGUCAAAAACCGCUUCAACAGCUACGCGCGGCUCUUCUCCCACUUCUCAGGUUUUGACUUACUAAAGUUGACCCGGGAUGACCUGGUUCAGAUCUGUGGAGCUGCUGAUGGAAUCAGACUCUUCUACACACUCAGAUCCAGGUCGGUGUGUCCCAGGUUGACCCUCUAUGUGUGUCAGGAGUGUGAGGUAGAGAGCCCCCUGCUGGAGAGACGCAGUGACAGCCAGAACAGAGAGCGCAGUGACACACCUCAUUUAUACGUGUACCAUGCUCUGUACCUGGAGGAGCUGACUGCAGCUGAGUUGAUCAGGAAGAUGGCGUGUGUGUGUAGUGUUCCACUGGGACAGAUCAACCAGGUCUACCGACAAGGACCCACAGGAAUACACAUACUGCUGAGUGACCAGAUGGUUUACAACUUACCGGACGAGAGCUGCUUUCUGAUCGGCACAAUCAAAGAUGAAACGGGGGAGGGGCUCCACCAAAUGGGGGAGGGGCUUCACCUGGUUUUGAAGUAGCCAUAGAGGAUGAGCGUGCGAUGACAUCACUCAACACUCCUCCGUCUGUGUGGAGGGGAGCAGCCUCCAUCCCUCCUUCCAUCCCUCCCUCUCCUAUCGUUCAGAUUGCCGUGUCUAAGGCAGACGGACAGAGAAACUGAACUGCGACCUUGUUAAUGUUAGAAUCUGACAGGGUGUGACCACUGUUUCAUAUUGAAAACACUAUUACUGAGGGGGGGGGGGACUUUGUUUAUUCUUAAAUGUUUAUAUUGUUGUACGAGAGGAGGGAGGCUGCCCCCCCACAGAGAGAGAGUCAUAUAGAGGAGGGAGGCUGCCCCCCCCACAGAGAGAGAGUCAUAUAGAGGAGGGAGGCUGCCCCCCCCACAGAGAGAGAGUCAUAUAGAGGAGGGAGGCUGCCCCCCACACAGAGAGAGUCAUAUAGAGGAGGAGAGGGAGGUUGCCCCCCCCACACAGAGAGAGAGUCAUAUAGAGGAGGAGAGGGAGGUUGCCCCCCCCACACAGAG